AUGGAGGGAACGAUCGAGUGCUCGGCGAACUACGUGCCACUUUCUCCGAUAAGCUUCCUGGAGAGAGCGGCCACCGUCUACGGCGGCCGGACCUCCAUUGUAUACGGCGACGUUUCGUACACGUACUCAGACCUCGGCGUCUCCCGCCACGACGUGGUGGCAGCUUUGGCGCCAAAUGUUCCUGCCCUGUGUGAGCUCCACUUUGGAGCUCCCAUGGCGGGAGCCGUCAUUUGCGUUCUGAACACUCACCUAGACGCCGAAGCCAUCGUGUCGGCUCUCCGCCUAACGAAGCCGAAGGUCCUAUUCGUCGAUUCGGAAUUCCUCCUAGUGGCCGAACAAUCCCUCGCCUUCCUCUCCACCUCCGACCAAACUCUCCCCAUCAUCGUCACAAUCCCGGUUCACGACUCAUCGAAAAACCCUGAUCACCAAAACUACGAGGAACUCCUCGAUUCAGGAAACCCUGAUUUCGAAAUCGUCCGACCCAACGACGAGUUCGAUCCAAUCGCGCUAAACUUCACGUCCGGUACGACGGCGGAGCCGAAAUGCGCCGUCUACAGCCACCGAGGCGCGUUCCUGAACGCGACGGCGGUCGGGGUUAUAACCGAGAUGAGGCCGAUGCCGGUUUACUUGUGGACCGUAUCGAUGUUCCAUUGCAGUGGCUGGUGCUCCGUUUGGGCCGUGGCGGCGACAGGAGGAGUCAACGUUUGUCUCCGUGAAGUCAACGUCAGAGUUAUCUUCGACAACAUCGUGAAGCAUAAGGUAACCCACUUUGGCGGUUUCACGCCGUUGCUUAACAUGAUCGCUAAUGCGACGGAGACGGAGAAGAAGUCGUUCCCUUGGACCGUUGACAUUGUGACCGACGGUACUCCUCCGUCGCCGGAGACAAUAAAGAAGCUGACGAAGCUAGGGUUCAAGGUGACGCACGCUUAUGGGUGUACGGCGGCGGCGCUGUGUUUGCGCACGCCUGAGUGGGAGUCGCUGCCGAAGGAAGAGGCGCUUCGGCAUGGCCUCAACCAUUUCGCGAUGGAAGCCAUCGACGUGUUGGAUCCAUCCACCGCGAAGGCCAUCCCUCACGACGGGAAAACCAUCGGAGAGAUCGUUCUUCGGGGAAACACCGUCAUGAACGGAUACUUCAAUAACUACGAGGCCACCGCCAAUGCAUUUCGCGGCGGUUGGUACUGGACUCGCGACAUGGGCGUGAAACACCCUGACGGGCACAUACAAUUGAAAGAUAGGGCACAAGACGUGAUAGUGACCGGAGGAGUGAUGGUGGGUUCGACCGAGAUUGAAGGCCUGCUCUUCAGCCAUCCGGCCGUGCUCGAGGCCGCUGUCAUUGCCCGUCCGGACGAGGCCUUGGGAGAAUCUCCCUGCGCUUUCGUGAGCCUCAAGGAAGGGUUCGAGGCCACAACAGAGGAUGAGAUCAUUGAGUUCUGUAAGAAGAAACUUCCUGCUGCUGAUGAUCACCAGAAGAAAAUGGUUCCUAAGACUGUUGUCUUCACCGAACUCCCGAAGACAUCAACUGGGAAGACACAGAAGGUUGUCCUGCGAGAGAUGGCCAAGAACAUGGGAAGUGUUCCCAAGAUUAAUUAA